AUGACGAUCGAGUUCUACUUCAUGCCGGGGUCGCCUCCGUGCUCUAUCGUCUCGAUGACGAUCGCAGCGCUGGGCAUCGAGUCCAAAAUCAAGUACACCAGUGUCGACUAUACAACUAACGAACAUCUCAAACCGGAAUAUGUAAAGAUGAACCCACAGCACACUGCACCCACCAUCGUGGACGACGGCUUCGUUCUGUGGGAGUCUCGCGCGAUCUCCAGAUAUCUAGUUAACAAGUAUGGCAAAGGCAGCGCCCUCUACCCUGAAGACGUUCAAGCGCGUGCCGUCAUCGACCAGAGAUUGGACUUUGACCUGGGGACUCUUUACGCCAGAUUCACAGAGUAUUAUUAUCCGCAAAUCGAGAGGAAACCUCUGGAAGAGUCUGGUUUGAAAAAGGUACAGGAGGCGCUUGGCUUCUUCGACACGUUCUUAGCGGAUAAAAAAUAUGCAGCUGGUUCGGUACUGACGCUGGCCGAUCUCAGCCUGGUAGCUACUGUGUCUGUCAUAGAGGCCGCCAACAUCAGCUUGAAGGAAUAUCCUAACAUUGUCAGAUGGUAUGACCUCGUGAAAUCAACAGUGCCCAAGUACAAAACUACAAAUGAAAAGUACGUUGGAGAAUUCAAGGCUUUCUUCGAGGAUCUGGCGAAGAAAUGA